AUGAAGUUCCUUCUGAUCUGUAUGCUCCUUGGAGCAGCUGCUGCAUUGGAUGAUGAUAAGAUCGUAGGAGGUUACACCUGUGGUAAGAACGCUCUUCCAUUCCAGGUGUCCCUGAACUCCGGUUACCAUUUCUGUGGUGGGUCCCUGAUUAACAGCCAGUGGGUUGUGUCUGCUGCUCACUGCUACAAAGCAAGCAUCCAGGUCAGACUGGGAGAACACAACAUUUUUGCCAGUGAAGGCACUGAGCAGUUCAUCAACUCUGCCAAGGUCAUCAGACAUUCUGGUUACAACUCCUGGACCCUGGACAAUGACAUCAUGCUCAUCAAGCUCGCCUCUCCUGCUACUCUCAACUCCUAUGUGAACUCUGUGGCUCUGCCCUCUGGGUGUGCCGCCGCUGGCACCAGCUGUCUGAUCUCUGGCUGGGGAAAUACUCUCAGCAGCGGAUGUGAGUAA